AUGGCUAAAGCGGUUCGUCCGUAUCAGCCGGUGACGCCAGCAAACAACAAAUACCUGGCGAAGAUGUGGGACCAGGAGGCGUUCAAUACACACAGGACGAAAGUCGCCACAGCGCGCCCAGUGAUUGACAACAAUCCGCCUCGCGUCCACAUGCACCUUCACAUCAAGCUGAAAAAGCUCCAGUUCGAGGCAGAGCGGCUGGCGACGAUUGAGCGUGACAACCGGAUCCUGCUGGAGAAGAUGGCGCACAUCAUGCGCAAGGGCGGCGUGGUGGACAACAAACUCAAGGAGGGUCACCAUACCAAAAGUCUGAACAAGACAAAGCGGCAGAGGGAGUUGCUGCGCAUCACGCACGAGAACAUCGCGAUCCUUAGGCGCCUGAUGACGAAGUACCCCCAUUACAACCACAAGAAGUGGCUUCUUCAGUGGCAGGUGAACCAGCAGUACCUGCGGAACAUCUCCAAGUACCAGCACACGUGGCGCCAGGAGCAGUUCCCGUAUAAAAUACAGGUUGAACGUCAGACCCCCGCCAACAAACGCGUCAGUGCCAAGGUUCAACAACAAAGCUCCCCCACCAAGCGGAAAUCCGGGACGCCUUAUUCCGAAUUAACGGCGACGUCAACGUCAUUACCCGUGACGCCGCUGCCUGUCAUUUCGACGCCGGAAACCCCAGUCUUUGAAUUUUUCGAUUUCAACUAG